AUGCUUAUAACCUCAGUUCUUUCUCUUCAAAGCCCUAGUUAGAAUUCUAGGGUUUGAGAGCAUCCAUUUUUCAGCCUCCACACUCCUUGCUUCUCCAGAUCUCGUAUCUGCAACUUUGCUGCAAAUAUGGCGACUCAAAUGAGCAAAAAGCGAAAGUUUGUCGCUGAUGGAGUGUUCUUUGCUGAGCUUAACGAGGUUCUGACCAGAGAGCUAGCCGAGGAUGGCUACUCUGGAGUCGAGGUUAGGGUUACUCCCAUGCGCACAGAGAUCAUAAUCAGAGCUACCCGGACUCAAAAUGUUCUUGGUGAGAAAGGUAGGAGGAUCAGGGAGCUCACUUCUGUUGUGCAGAAGCGUUUCAAAUUUCCAGAGAACAGUGUGGAGCUUUACGCUGAGAAGGUGAACAACAGAGGGCUUUGUGCUAUAGCCCAGGCUGAGUCUCUUCGUUACAAGCUCCUCGGUGGUCUUGCCGUCAGGAGGGCAUGCUAUGGUGUUUUGAGGUUUGUUAUGGAAAGUGGAGCUAAGGGUUGUGAGGUGAUCGUUAGUGGAAAGCUUAGGGCCCAGCGUGCUAAGUCAAUGAAGUUCAAAGAUGGAUACAUGAUUUCAUCUGGGCAGCCAACAAAAGAGUACAUUGACUCAGCCGUGAGACACGUUCUUCUUAGACAGGGAGUGCUUGGAAUCAAGGUGAAGAUCAUGCUUGACUGGGAUCCCAAGGGCAAACAAGGUCCUACAACUCCUCUUCCUGAUAUUGUCACCAUUCAUCCUCCCAAGGAGGAAGAGGAAUAUGCCAGGGAAGCUCUUCCAGUUUUGGCCCCCGCUGAAAUUGAAAUCCCAGUUGCUUAAAAUCUUUUUUGUUAAUCAUAUGCAUUCAACUCACUAUCUUCAAAUUUUGAGUGCUUAGCUGCCCAGUUCCAAAGACAUAGGCUGAGAGUUUUUUUUUUUUUUUUUUUACAAAUCUUUUAUGCUUCUGAAGUUUUGUUACAACUUAAUGUUAUUUUUGUUAUAAUAUUGCUUAGUUUUGAUCAA